UCUUCUCUUCUGCAGAAUUAAGUUAUCACAACUUACAUAUAGAUCCAAUUAACUCCUUUCACAUAGUAACGAAAAAUCUUGACCAAUACCAAGUCAAAGUCAAUGUUGUCUCUUAUCCUUAUAUACAUCUUCCAACACAACUCAUUUUAUCAAUAAAAGCAUAGUCUUCCAUUGUUCUAUGUACAUACAUUAACCUCAGGAGCUAGUUCUUCUCUCCUUAAUAUUCUCAAGAAAAUGCCUAUUGGUGAAGUUAUUGUAGGGGCUGCACUUGGAAUUACUCUGCAAGUGCUUCAUGAAGCUAUCAUAAAAGCAAAAGAUAGAUCUUCAACCAAAAAAUGUAUCUUGGACCGCCUCGAUGCUAUAAUCUCCAGGAUCACUCCGUUGGUGGUUCAUGUCGAUAAGAUCAGCAAAAGAGUAGAAGAUUCUGAGAGGAAAGUCAUUGAAGAACUCAAGCGUCUUCUUGAAAAGGCUGUUUCUCUUGUUGAGGCUUAUGCAGAACUCAGACGCAGAAACCUACAUAAGAAGCAUAGGUGCAAGAGUAGAAUCAAAGAGUUAGAAGCUUCAUUAAGAUGGAUGGUAGAUGUGGAUGUUCAAGUCAACCAAUGGCUAGAUAUCAAAAAACUCGUGGCUAAGAUGUCUGAAAUGAACACAAAACUCGACAAGAUCACGUGCCAACCAACUGAUGGUAGUUGUUUCAAGAGCAAUGAUAGCACAUCACCAGUGUUUUCACAAAGUAGUAGGCUCGAAGCAACAGACGGAUCUUCAGAGGAAGAUGAAGAAGAAAGCCCAAGUAAUGGAUCCGAACCAAGGAUCGAUAUCCACCUGCGAUGGAUUUCAAGAAAAGGAAGAAAAGAUCAUGGGAUCCGAUUCACGGCCAAGUGAUGGCUUAAGCAACAAGUAAAAUGAAUGAAUGCUCAUUUGUGAAAUAUGAUUAUCUUUUUUUUUUUUUUUGUGGUUGUGUGGAAUGGAAAUGGAAUCAUGUACACAAAUAAAAAUGUAGUUUACCAAAAACAAAUGUGUAGAAAUGUAGAAUUCUUUUUUUUUCUCAAAUCUAAAUGUCAAGUACAAAAUACCAAUAUAAAGAAUUUUAUAAAUGA